CCACCCCCAACCCCAUCUUUAACCGCUGUAGGCUGCGCCCAGAAUUUCUCUUUAUUAUUCCAGCUGUUGAAGAACCAAUGCGUAUAAUCACUCUGGCAAGGAUUCGAACCAGACCGGACAGCAAAGAGUUAACGCGAAAGAGGAAAUCCCAUCUGGUUGGACACACUGAGAAAUGCGAUUAUACUGCUUCAGUUGAACACGGGCGAUCGGACGGAUUGCGCGCUAUGCGACCCUCCUCAUAGAGAAAGCGUUUUCUACAAGGUGAUCGUUACAAGCGACGCCUCUGUAUCUAAGCGAAACAGAGUAGCCAUUGUUAUUGCUGGGACUGAACUGAUGUUUUCAGCAGGAUGUGGGUUGUCCUGACAGAACCCACACUGGGCCGAGGACACUCGUUCACAACGGACUGCAGUUCUGCGUCCGGCAGCAGGUGAAUUCCCAGGUGCGCCUUCACGUGUGACAUCGUCUGACCGCGGGCCGUUUUAACGCGAAGCGCGUGACUGUGAUCUUAACAAGUGUACUGAUUCGCUUUUCUACUUGACUUCAAAGAAGAGCCAGCUCAAUGCGUCACUGAACCAUGAAGCACCAUCAUCAGUUGUUUAGGUGUUUUUGGCGAGCUCUCGUCACUGUUCUUCUGUUUGAAGGCACCCCGCUCAUGAUGUUCAGGGGGACCCUAACUCUGACCCUAAACAGGGAUGACAGCAGCUUCACACGGAUAACUCACUCCUUUCACAAUGUCACAAGUCAUAGAAGAGAACUGAAGGCUCUGGCAAAGACAAGGCCGUUUGCUUUUGUCAAUGGUAUUAGGAGAAGCCUGAGUGAGGUUUUACAGAAUGGUCACCCUGACAGAUUGCUGUGUGGUUUACAAGUGGGAAGCAGCUUGUAUAUCUUGGAACUGGAGAAAAACCAAGAUCUUUUGCCAAAACCGCCUAACGUGUUCUACUAUCUGCCAAAUGGAACUGGGGUAUCCAUGAAGGAGAACCCAGUGACGCAUUGUUACUAUCAUGGUUCAGUGCAAGGUUACCCUCAGUCCCGUGUGGCUCUCAGCUCCUGCUCUGGGUUACGGGGAGUGAUAGUCAUUAACGCCACACUGAGCUUUGAGCUGCUUCCUGAAGAAGAAAAGCAUGUAAAAGAAGAGGAAAGGAGUGGAGACAUGGGCGAAGGAUGGAUGCAUGUGAUCUACCCGACACAUCCCCAAACAUCUGAGUCUAGAGAUUGUGGAGUGUCGCAUACCUCUAUUCCUCCCAUUCAGAUCAUUCCACGCACACACAGGAGUAAGAGAGACAUUCUCUCAGAGACCAAAUAUAUUGAGCUGGUGCUGGUGGCGGAUCAUAAAGAGUAUCUGAAUUAUCAGAAGAAUAAUAAAACCAUAAUCUACCGCAUGUUGGAUGUGGCAAACCAAGUGGACUGGUUCUACCGGCCGCUGAAUGUGCGUGUGGCUCUGCUGGGUUUGGAGAUCUGGAGUGACCAGGACAAAAUUAAAGUAGAUAAAAAUCCCACUGAAACUCUGAACCGCUUCCUGGAUUGGAGGACCAGGGAGCUUCUACCACGACUACGGCAUGACAACGCACAGCUCAUCAUGGGUGAAUCAUUUGAUGGGACGACAGUCGGCAUGGCAUCGCAGUCCUCCAUGUGCUCCAAGGAUCGGUCAGGGGGAGUGAAUGUGGAUCACCUGGUGAGUGUGUUAGGUGUGGCGUCAACGGUGGCACAUGAGUUGGGUCACAACCUGGGAAUGAGUCACGAUACAGCCGACAGGCGCUGCCAGUGCCAGAACGAGCCUCGGCUCGGGGGCUGCAUCAUGGAGCCCUCCACUGGGUUUAUGCCCGGUCAGCUCUUCAGCAGCUGCAGUGAACGGGAUCUCUCUCUCAGUCUAUUGCAUGGUGGUGGAAUGUGUCUGUUUAACGUGCCUCAGCCGGAGAGGCUUCUGGGAGGGCCACGCUGUGGGAACCUGUACGUGGAGAAAGGAGAGGAGUGUGACUGCGGCCUACUGGAUGAAUGUAAUGACCCUUGCUGCAAUGCCAGCACGUGUAAACUUGUUCCCGGGGCCCAGUGCUCUUCUGAUGGCAUCUGCUGUGAGAACUGCAAGCUGCGUGUGGCCGGGUCCGUUUGUCGGGAGCCGUUAGGAGACUGUGAUUUACCGGAGUACUGCACUGGCACAUCACCCUACUGUCCUCCUAAUGUGUUUCUGCAGAACGGAGAGUCAUGCAAGGAUGGGUCCUCGUACUGCUACAGCGGCAUAUGUGCCAGUCUGGAUGAGCAGUGCCAAAUGCUCUGGGGACCGAACUCCACCCACGCUCCACCCAUCUGCUUCUCCUCUGUGAACAAGCAGGGCAAUAAAUACGGAAACUGUGGCCAGAUGCCCAACGGUUCCUACAUCCCCUGUUUAAAAUGGGAUGUGCGCUGUGGUAGGAUCCAGUGUCAGGGUGGAAAUGAGCGUCCUCUGCUGGGCUCCAACGUUGAGAUUCUGAUCACGACGGUCAAACUGAACCAGAGUGACUUUACCUGCCGGGGCGCCUAUUUUAAUCUGGGUGACGAUGUUUCGGACCCAGCCAUGGUGUCCCAGGGGACGGCCUGUGGACCCAACAAGGCAUGUGUUGACCAAAAGUGCCGGGACGUGUCCAUGUUUGGUGUUGAGGAAUGCCGCAGGAAGUGCAAUGGCCACGGGGUGUGUAACAGUAAUAAGAACUGUCACUGUGACGAAGGCUGGGCUCCCCCUGACUGCAGAUACUCUGGAACCGGUGGCAGUGUGGACAGCGGCCCUGCACGAGAGCCUAGAGAUUCAGAUCCUGCGCGGGUGGCUCUGCUGGUCAUUUUCCUGUUUGUGUUACCGGUCUCGCUGCUGUUUGUCGCACUCCGCUUCCCGCGCUGUCGACGAGGCCUUGUGUACCUCGGCCACACCCCCUUCAACAAGAGCCGACAGAGCCGGACUCCUGCCAUGGAGCUUGUAAAUGCUCGAAAUGGAGAUCAGGUGCAGCCGCUCAGGUACCAGUGGCCCCACCAGAGCGACAUCCCUCUCACCCAGGCCAUCAGCAAGGUCCAAAACAGGCCUGCUGCUCCAACUAAACCUCUUCCACCUGAUCCUGUCGUUAAACCCGCUCAGUUGGCGGGGCAUUGGCCCGCCCCUCCCACCAAACCCCUCCCUCCUGACCCCAUCCCCUCAGAGAGCAAGAUACAGUGCAAGCCCACAGGAUCACGACCGGCUGCUCCAAGCAAGCCUCUCCCUCCUGACCCUGUCCUCUCUACCCGCCAGAAGCCCAUUCCCCCCAAACCCCCAGUUCCCAAGAAACCACUGCCUAUGGAUCCUUCAUCCAAUCCUCAUCCACCCCCACUGCUGGGACACCCAGGACCUGCCACAUCUUCAUCAUCUUACUCGCAAAACCCUACAUCAGCCGCUGCUCCUGCCAGACCUGCCCCUCAUCCGCCUUUACGGAGACAGCAGUACCCUGGGAAACCCCACGCUCCUCACCAAGUAUAGUCAGGAAAGAAACGCUGGACCGGUUGCAAAUUUAUGGACUACACAAUUUUUUUCUUGUUUAGUGGUAAAAAAUAAUUGUCAUUAAAACAAGAUACAUUUGAGAAGAAAAAUUGCAUAACAUAUUAAAGCUUAUUUUUAGAGAAUAUCUUCUGAAUAUAUAGGGUAUAACACUGUUUAUAUCCUAUAUAUUUGUAUAUAUAAAAUUAUAUAAUAGGGUAAGAAAUAGUGUGAGAAAUGCAGUUUUCCUUCUCGUGUAAUUGUAUUUGAAGGACUUUAUGGCUUUUUAUUUUUACUGGGAAACGACAAAAACCAGUGAUCAAGAAAAUAUUUUUUUUGCCAUUUGGACCCAAUGUGGGACACUACGUGAUCUAGACUUGCACAAUUCUAUUUGCACUGACCAUGAGUGGGGAUUUGAUUCUGCAGGGUGAACAUUAACACCUGUACAGAUAUUUGUUGCUCUGCAGCUGGAUCAGAACUUCAACUUACAACUGGGCUAUCUGAGAAAUUACAGACUCCAAUGAAGAUGAAAGACUCUUGACAAAAAAUACAAACUUUUCUAAGUUGACAUGAAGUGGAUGAAGUACAUUCCUUUUCAGAUGCUCAGUUCAGCGCAUGGAAAUAGGAUAUGAGGAGAUGAUGCCUUGAGGAAGGAGCCCUGAUUUCUUUCUCUGAGAUGCUGCAUGCACGCUCAAUUUGCCUGAUCUGAUCUUUUCCUACAGAAUCUCUUUGGUGCCUAAAUACUUUGCCACACAAAUUGUCAUCAAUGAUUGUUCUAAUACAGUCACACCAAAACUGAAUUUGCAAACUCUUUGUUUCUAGAGCUGAAAAUUCUCCGUAAAUUCUGUCCGGUGUAUUACAUUCCACUGGUCUCAGUACAGACAUUAGCAUUGGACACAAACACACGCUCUCUGUAAAUGUCUUAUAUCGGUAUCAAGACCAUUCAUAUUGUGAUUGUAAAUGCUGCUGCAAGGGAAAAGCUGGCUGAUUAGAGGAUCGCCUUUUCGAUCGAAGCACUGAGGAAGGUAUAUUUAAGUGAAUUUUGACAUAUUCAGUAUUUUUAAUGCAAUAAACAUGGGAUUUAUUUUUUACAGUUGA